AGUGAUGCGUGACUUUAACCUUCAUUUCCAAAUCAACACUAUUUAGGAAAUAUGAUAAAUGCUUAUCUAAUACUCGGAAACAUUCAUUAUCAAAAUCCUAAUAAUACAAUUAUUGUUUUUUUUCUUUUUUGGUUAUUUUUUAUUUUUUUGCCUUGGUUUAUUUAAUGAUGAUUAUUGAUAAAUACUUGUUGUCUCUCCCUCUCCCUCUCCCUCUCCGAUUCUCAACCCUUGUUUUAAGAUUUUAGAGAGAGAAAGUAACACCAAACGGCUAUUAUUAUUGACGGUUCGAACUCCUCUCAACCUGCAAAAACACCCCACAACACACACCAUCUUCAACGGCUCAAAACCACCCCAAUUUCCACCCUUUUCUCUCUCUCUUCUCCUCUUUUGCUUCCAUUUUUCACACAAUUUCUCAACUCUGUCAAUUUUAACAGAAACAGGGGAUUCAUUUUCGGGCAUCCAAUUGAUUAAUUUCGUUAAUUGUAGCAAUUUUUAUUGAUUUUUGUAAUUUGGGUUUUUAAAUUAUGGAUGAGGGUUACUAUUGUUCGAAGAAAACUGAUGCAAUUUGUAAUGAUAUUUGUGGCCAGCAGGGAAUUCGAGGCGGGGUGAUGAUAUCAAGAUUAAACUGUAUUGUUAGAGGAAUUGAUAUGAAGAGCCUUCUUCUAAGUUUUGUGUUGAUCCCACUAUGUAUAUUUGGUGUUUAUCUUCAUGGUCAAAAAAUUACAUAUUUCCUUCGACCGCUAUGGGAUCACCCUCCGAAGCCUUUUACUGAAAUCACACAUUAUUACAAUGAGAAUGUGACAAUGGAUACUCUAUGCAAGCUUCAUGGUUGGGGAAUUCGUGAUUACCCUCGUAGAGUUUUUGAUGCGGUUCUGUUUAGCAAUGAGGUGGAUAUGUUAGAAAUCCGGUGGAACGAAUUGUACCCUUUUGUGACUCAAUUUGUUCUAUUGGAAUCAAAUUCGACCUUCACAGGCAUACCAAAGCCGCCGUUCUUUUCUAUUAAUCGUGAAAAGUUCAAGUUCAUUGAGUCAAGGCUAACUUAUGGUACCAUAGGAGGAAGAUUUAAGAAAGGGGAGAAUCCUUUUAUUGAGGAGGCAUAUCAAAGAGUUGCUCUUGAUCAGCUUCUCCGAAUUGCUGGCAUUGAGGAGGAUGAUUUGCUAAUAAUGUCCGAUGUUGAUGAAAUUCCUAGCAGACACACAGUUGAUUUGCUGAGGUGGUGUGAUAACGUUCCUGCAAUUCUUCAUCUACGGCUCAAGAACUAUUUAUACUCGUUUGAUUACCAUGUAGAUGACAAUAGUUGGAGAGCUUCAAUCCACAGGUACAAACCUGGAGUAACUAGGUAUGCACAUUUUCGUCAGACUGAUCUUCUCUUGGCAGAUGCUGGGUGGCAUUGUAGCUUUUGCUUUCGGCACAUAUCAGAUUUCAUAUUCAAGAUGAAGGCAUACAGUCAUACAGACCGUGUCAGAUUUUCACAUUAUUUGAACCCUAAGAGGAUUCAGGAUAUAAUCUGUAAAGGGACAAACCUGUUUGACAUGCUUCCUGAAGAAUACACAUUUCGUGACAUGAUUGGGAAAUUGGGGGCAAUUCCUCGCUCUUAUUCUGCUGUUCAUCUUCCUUCUUACUUACUACAGAAUGCAGAAAAGUUUAAAUAUCUUUUACCGGGAAAUUGCAUUAGAGGAAGUGGCUGAGUUUUCAUGGGAAAACUAAGAAAUUUUUGUGUACAGAGAAACUAUGCAGUUUAUGUGUUUCAUGCUGUUGUUGCUGACAUGUUGCGAAUGCUGUAACUCAUCGCAGAAUAGUAUCUGGCCUCCUGAACAUCGGAAAUCUGGUUAAUUCGCUAGCUUUAUGUGAAUUAGAAUGGCAUGACGGCCAUGACCCCCUCAAAUCUUGUAAAUUUUUAGCUUUAAUACUUGUAUUUCUUAGGGUCUCAUUCUAUAUUGAUGCUCGUGUAUUUGACGACAAAACAUAAUGUUGAGGAAGAAUGUUUUUUUUUGUUACAUUUGGUUGGUUGUUGUGAUGAUAGAAUCCACAUUCCCUGUGUUUUUUCAUCAUACGGGGAGGAUUUUGAUUUAUAACAGAGUCUGAUUUAUUCAUUCAUACAUGAAUAUGACUUGAUUUCUUGUAUCUUACUUCAUUCUGAUUUAAUUUGUUUUUUUUUUUUUUUUGAAACAUCAUUCUGAUUUAAUUGACAGUUGAUUUUAGUUUGAUUAUGGUUAAGCCUAGAUUUUGGCUGAAAAUCAUGCUUGGAAAUUUAAGUCAAAUUCUGUGAACUAGAUAGCAUUUCCAACGUCUUUUAAAUCCAAAUUUGACUCUUCAACUAAAAUUAGUUGUGAAAACACUUAAUAUGAAAUUUAGUGAGAGAUUACUCGAUACUUGCAAUUCAUUAUCAAAAAUAUUUUAUCAAAAAUAGAUAAAGGCCGAAUUUGGUAAGAGAAUGUGCGUCAAUGAAUUGAUAGCCUACGGCCCUACGCGUUCAAACCUGUAAAUGUAUCAUUCUUUAAGAUUUAUUAACUUUCCAAAAAAGAAUUUUAAUUAAUCAAGUUCAUAUUUAUUAACUAUCCCAAAAAAAUAAAAAUUAUUAAAUCUAUUAACUAUUACUAAAACAAAACGUUGCUGACGUCAUCACUGUCCACAUAUCACUCUCACAAUAAUU